AUGGGGAAGCUUGCCAAGGCUGUGAUGAGCAUAUGGGAAUGCUGCGAACUCCUCAACGAGUACGUCGACGAGAGUGAUCCCGAUCUCGACGAGCCGCAGAUCGAACUUCUGCUCCUGACUGCUGAAGCCAUCAGGAGGGACUACCCAAAUGAAGAUUGGCUUCAUCUCACUGCCCUAAUCCAUGGUACCUUUUUCAAAGAAAAUCCAGACAAUCAAAACCCUAGCCCCAACACCGAGCUGGGUAUCUAUAGUAAGAACUGUGGGUUUGACAAAGUCAAAAUGUCAUGGGGCCACGAUGAGUACAUGUUCUUGGUAUGCCACGUCACUCUUUGCUCUUCUGCUGCAUAG